AUGUCAGACAACGUGGAAGAGGUUUUGGAGAGGCAAGAGCGAGAAAGGCGAGCAAGAAUGCGUAGAAGAGCUGCAAGCAAAAGGGCGCAGAGAGAACUAGAUGAGCAACUUGGUGUGGCCGUUGCUUUGCUGGAGGAAGAAAACCAGAGCCGCCGUGGUUCACGAGAAGGCUGGGCACCGAAUGUGGGCAGAUAUAGACAUUCUCGGGUGGAAAAUCUGUACACCAGGGACUACCUACGCAGACCUACGCCCAGGGACCUGCAACGGUUUCUACAAAAAGCUGAGUCUCGUGGAUUUCCUGGAAUGAUUGGUAGCAUUGACUGCAUACACUGGCAAUGGAAAAAUUGUCCAUUUACUUGGCAAGGGAAUUAUGGGAAUCGGAAAGGACAGAAAAGCAUCAUCCUCGAAGCAGUUGCUGGUUUUAAUACAUGGGUUUGGCACGCCUUCUAUGGAGUUGCCGGCUCUCAAAAUGAUUUGAACGUCCUGGGUCAAUCUCCAGUGUUCAAUGAUGUUCUGAGAGGUGAAGGCCCAACUAUCACAUAUCAAAUUAAUAAUACCGUCUACCAGAACGGGUAUUAUCUAGCUGAUGGUAUCUACCUGAGGUGGACAGCAUUUGUGAAAUCAAUUCCACAUCCUCGAUCCCACAAGGAAAAUUUUUUUGCUACCUAUCAAGAGGGGUACAUAAAAGAUAUGGAGAGGUGCUUUGGUAUCCUUCAAGCCCGGUGGCCAAUUAUCAGGGGAGCGGCACGUCUAUUUGAUGAGGAGGUGCUUAGGAGUAUAAUGAUGACUUGUAUCAUCCUUGACAACAUUAUUGUGGAAGAUGAGUAUGAUUACGAUGCUGAUGAAGUGUAUGAACCAGAUCCAAUGAACACGGCCUUAACACGAAUUUAUGAAAAACUUAUGGGGCCAAAUGGAGAACCAGUGCAGCAUGAUCCGUUAGUUAGAGACGAUAGUUGCAUGCAUCGGAAGAUUGAGUGCUACACGGAGAUGCAAUCGUCAUAUAUUCAUGAACACCGUCAAAUGGACUUGAUAGAGCAUUUAUGGGCGGUGAAAGGCAAUGAAGGACAAUAA